GCCUCGCGCUUCCGCCGCUGCCCGGCCUGAGGAGGGAGGCGGGUUGGGGCGCUUUGCCCAUGCGCUGAAGUGGCCGCUGCGGGGCUGGAGAAGCGACAAAGGAGUUGAUGGUGCGGCUGGAGCGGCCCGGGCAGAUCCCAACGAGAAAUGGCAUUCGUUUCCACGCAGGGACCCACCGUGGUUGACCAAACCACAUUAAUGAAAAAAUACCUCCAAUUUGUGGCAGCCCUAACAGAUGUCAAUACACCGGAUGAGACUAAAUUGAAGAUGAUGCAAGAAGUCAGUGAAAACUUUGAGAACGUGACGUCAUCCCCUCAGUAUUCCACGUUCCUGGAACACAUCAUCCCUCGAUUUCUUACUUUUCUUCAGGACGGAGAAGUCCAGUUUCUGCAGGAAAAACCAGCCCAGCAACUGAGGAAACUGGUUCUGGAAAUAAUCCACAGGAUACCAACAAACGAACACCUUCGUCCACACACCAAAAAUAUUCUUUCUGUGAUGUUCAGAUUUCUAGAGACUGAAAAUGAGGAAAAUGUACUGAUUUGUCUGCGGAUAAUUAUAGAACUGCACAAACAGUUCCGACCGCCAAUUACUCAGGAGAUUCAUCAUUUCUUGGAUUUCGUGAAACAGAUUUACAAGGAACUCCCCAAAGUAGUGAAUCGAUACUUCGAGAACCCUCAAGUGGUGCCAGAGAACACCGUCCCGACCCCAGAAAUGGUCGGCAUGAUCACCACCAUCGUCGUGAAAGUGAAUCCGGAACGGGAUGAUGGCGAAACGAGAACGCAUUCCAUCAUUCCCAGAGGCUCUCUCUCUUUGAAAGUGUUGGCCGAGCUGCCGAUCAUAGUUGUCCUGAUGUAUCAGCUUUACAAGCUGAACAUUCACAACGUGGUGGCAGAAUUUGUGCCUUUGAUCAUGAACACAAUUAUUAUUCAGGUGUCGACACAAGCGAGGCAGCACAAACUUUACAACAAGGAAUUGUAUGCCGAUUUCAUCGCUGCGCAAAUUAAAACGUUAUCAUUCUUGGCUUACAUAAUACGGAUUUAUCAGGAACUAGUGGCAAAAUAUUCUCAGCAGAUGGUGAAAGGAAUGUUGCAGCUGCUGUCAAACUGCCCGGCAGAAACGGCUCACCUGAGAAAGGAACUCCUCAUUGCAGCCAAGCACAUUCUGACCACAGACUUGAGGAGCCAAUUUAUUCCAUGCAUGGACAAAUUGUUUGACGAAUCCAUUCUGAUCGGCUUGGGAUACACCGCUCGGGAAACCCUGAGACCCCUCGCCUACAGCACGUUGGCCGACCUGGUGCAUCACGUCCGCCAGCACCUGCCGCUCAACGACCUCUCGCUGGCCGUCCAGCUGUUCGCCAAGAACAUCGACGACGAGUCCCUGCCCAGCAGCAUCCAGACCAUGUCUUGCAAGCUCCUGCUGAACCUGGUGGACUGCAUCCGCUCCAAGAGCGAGCAGGAGAACGGCAAUGGCCGAGACAUCCUUAUGCGGAUGCUGGAGGUGUUUGUCCUCAAAUUCCAUACGAUCGCACGCUACCAACUCACAGUCAUUUUCAAGAAGUGCAAGCCACAGUCUGAACUGGGGGCAGUGGAAGGAGCACUGCCAGGGGUCCCAGCUGGUGCCAACGCGGCUCCCGGACCUGUCCCGUCUCCCGCUCCCACCACGCCUGUGACCUCUGCGGCAGGGCCCGUGUUCGAGAAGCAGGGGGAGAAGGAGAAGGAGGAUAAGCAGACAUUCCAAGUCACCGAUUGCCGGAGCUUGGUGAAGACCUUGGUCUGCGGUGUCAAGACAAUCACGUGGGGCAUCACCUCUUGCAAAGCGCCUGGCGAAGCCCAGUUCAUUCCUAACAAGCAACUUCAGCCGAAAGAGACUCAGAUUUAUAUAAAAUUGGUCAAAUACGCAAUGCAGGCUUUGGAUAUUUAUCAGGUUCAGAUAGCCGGAAACGGGCAGACGUACAUCCGUGUGGCGAACUGCCAAACGGUCCGUAUGAAAGAAGAGAAGGAAGUGCUGGAGCACUUUGCCGGGGUCUUCACCAUGAUGAACCCUUUGACUUUCAAAGAAAUCUUCCAGACGACGGUGCCGUACAUGGUCGAAAGAAUCUCGAAGAACUAUGCCCUUCAGAUCGUUGCCAAUUCCUUUCUGGCCAACCCCACAACCUCAGCUCUGUUUGCUACAAUUCUGGUGGAGUACCUUCUGGACCGCUUGCCUGAGAUGGGCUCCAACGUGGAGCUGUCAAACCUGUAUCUCAAGCUCUUCAAGCUGGUCUUUGGGUCUGUUUCGCUCUUCGCUGCAGAAAACGAACAAAUGCUGAAGCCGCACUUGCACAAAAUUGUGAACAGCUCCAUGGAGCUUGCACAGACGGCAAAGGAGCCCUACAACUAUUUCUUGCUCCUCCGGGCGCUCUUCCGGUCGAUCGGCGGUGGGAGCCACGAUCUGCUCUAUCAGGAAUUCCUGCCUUUGCUACCAAAUUUGCUGCAAGGUCUGAACAUGCUGCAGAGCGGUUUGCACAAGCAGCACAUGAAGGACUUGUUUGUGGAGCUCUGCCUCACGGUGCCGGUCCGGCUGAGCUCCUUGCUGCCGUACUUGCCGAUGCUGAUGGAUCCUUUGGUGUCGGCCUUAAAUGGGUCUCAGACGCUGGUCAGCCAGGGCUUGCGGACGCUGGAGCUGUGCGUGGAUAACUUGCAGCCGGACUUCCUGUAUGACCACAUUCAGCCCGUGCGAGCAGAACUGAUGCAGGCCUUGUGGCGGACCCUUCGCAAUCCCGCCGAGACCAUUUCCCACGUCGCUUACCGCGUCCUCGGCAAGUUUGGCGGAAGCAACCGGAAGAUGCUGAAGGAGUCCCAGAAGCUGCAGUACGUGGUGACCGAGAUUCAAGGGCCCAGCAUCACGGCCGAGUUCUCGGACUGCAAAGCAUCCAUCCAGCUCCCCAUGGAGAAGGCCAUCGAGACAGCUCUGGACUGCCUGAAGAGCGCAAACACGGAGCCGUACUAUCGGCGGCAGGCGUGGGAAGUGAUCAAAUGCUUCCUGGUGGCCAUGAUGAGCCUGGAUGACAACAAACACGCCCUGUAUCAACUUCUGGCUCAUCCCAACUUUACUGAGAAGUCCAUCCCCAGCGUCAUCAUUUCUCACCGCUACAAAGCUCAGGACACCCCUGCCCGCAGGACCUUCGAGCAGGCCUUGACGGGGGCAUUCAUGUCAGCUGUCAUCAAAGAUCUCCGCCCCAGCGCCCUGCCUUUUGUAGCCAGCCUGAUCCGCCAUUACACGAUGGUAGCGGUUGCCCAGCAGUGCGGCCCUUUCCUCCUCCAGUGUUACCAGGUGGGGAGCCAGCCCAGCACCGCCAUGUUCCACAGUGAAGAGAACGGCUCCAAAGGCAUGGACCCCUUGGUGCUGAUCGACGCCAUCGCCAUCUGCAUGGCGUACGAGGAGAAGGAGCUCUGCAAGAUCGGGGAGGUGGCCCUGGCCGUGAUCUUCGACGUGGCAAGCAUCAUCCUGGGCUCGAAGGAAAGGGCUUGCCAGCUGCCGCUGUUCUCGUACAUUGUGGAGCGUCUGUGCGCGUGCUGCUACGAACAGGCCUGGUACGCCAAGCUGGGGGGCGUGGUGUCCAUCAAGUUCCUCAUGGAGCGGCUGCCCCUCAUUUGGGUCCUCCAGAACCAGCAGACCUUCCUCAAGGCGCUCCUCUUUGUCAUGAUGGACCUGACCGGGGAGGUUUCCAACGGGGCGGUGGCAAUGGCCAAAACGACCCUGGAGCAGCUCUUGAUCCGCUGCGCGACGCCCUUGAAGGACGAGGAGAAGACGGAGGAGAUUCUGGCAGCCCAGGAGAAGUCCUUCCACCACGUGACCCAUGACCUGGUGCGGGAGGUGACCUCUCCGAACUCCACCGUGCGGAAGCAAGCCAUGCACUCCUUGCAGGUGCUUGCCCAGGUCACGGGGAAAAGCGUCACGGUCAUCAUGGAGCCACAUAAAGAGGUCCUCCAAGACAUGGUUCCUCCUAAAAAGCAUUUGCUGAGGCAUCAGCCUGCCAACGCCCAGAUUGGUUUGAUGGAGGGGAACACCUUUUGCACCACUCUCCAGCCCAGGCUGUUCACGAUGGAUCUCAACGUGGUGGAGCACAAAGUAUUUUAUACAGAGCUGUUGAAUUUGUGCGAAGCCGAAGACUGCGCUUUGAUGAAGCUGCCUUGUUACAAGAGCCUUCCUUCUCUGGUGCCUCUUCGGAUUGCGGCCCUCAAUGCCUUAGCUGCCUGCAAUUACUUGCCACAGUCGAGAGAAAAGAUCAUCGCCGCCCUGUUCAAGGCGCUUAACUCCACCAACAACGAACUCCAAGAGGCGGGAGAAGCUUGUAUGAGAAAGUUUUUAGAAGGUGCCACGAUCGAAGUCGACCAGAUCCACACCCACAUGAGGCCGCUGCUCAUGAUGCUGGGUGACUACCGAAGUUUGACGCUGAACGUCGUGAACCGCCUGACCUCCGUCACCCGGCUCUUCCCGAACUCUUUCAACGACAAGUUCUGUGAUCAGAUGAUGCAACAUCUGCGCAAAUGGAUGGAAGUGGUAGUGAUCACCCACAAAGGAGGCCAGAGGAGCGACGGAAAUGAGAGCAUUUCCGAGUGCGGGAGAUGUUCCUUGCCUCCCUUCGGUCAGUUUGAGGAAAUGAAGAUCUGUUCGGCCAUUAUAAACCUCUUCCACCUGAUCCCGGCUGCCCCUCAGACUUUGGUCAAGCCCCUGCUGGAGGUGGUGAUGAAGACAGAAAGGGCCAUGUUGAUAGAGGCUGGCAGCCCAUUCCGAGAACCCCUCAUUAAGUUUCUGACACGUCAUCCCUCCCAGACGGUGGAGCUAUUUAUGAUGGAAGCCACUUUGAAUGACCCACAGUGGAGCAGAAUGUUCAUGAGCUUUUUAAAGCACAAAGAUGCAAAACCCCUGCGCGACGUUUUGGCAGCAAAUCCAAACCGGUUCAUCACCUUGCUUUUACCUGGUGGUACCCAAGCGGCAGUCAGACCUGGCUCGCCCAGCACCAGCACCAUGCGUCUCGACCUCCAGUUCCAAGCGACCAAGAUCAUCAGCAUCAUUGUUAAGAACGACGAGAGCUGGCUGGCAAACCAGCAUUCCUUAGUGAGCCAGCUGAGGCGAGUGUGGGUCAGCGAAGCUUUCCAGGAAAGGCACCGGAAGGAGAACAUGGCGGCUACCAACUGGAAAGAACCCAAGCUGUUGGCUUACUGUUUGUUGAACUACUGCAAGAGAAAUUACGGGGACAUAGAACUGCUCUUCCAGCUUCUUCGAGCCUUCACCGGCCGUUUCCUCUGCAAUAUGACUUUCCUGAAGGAGUACAUGGAGGAAGAGAUUCCUAAAAACUACACCAUUGCACAGAAGCGGGCACUGUUCUUCCGCUUCGUCGACUUCAGCGAUCCCAACUUCGGAGACGAGCUCAAAGCCAAGGUUUUACAGCACAUCCUCAACCCCGCUUUCUUGUAUAGCUUUGAAAAGGGGGAAGGGGAGCAACUCCUGGGGCCCCCCAACCCGGAAGGGGACAACCCCGAAAGCAUCACCAGCGUGUUCAUCACCAAGGUUCUCGAUCCAGAGAAGCAAGCGGACAUGCUGGACUCGCUCCGGAUUUACCUCCUGCAGUUCGCCACGCUGCUGGUGGAGCACGCCCCGCACCACAUUCACGACAACAACAAGAACCGGAACAGCAAGCUGCGGCGUCUCAUGACCUUCGCCUGGCCGUGCCUCCUCUCCAAGGCCUGCGUGGAUCCGGCCUGCAAAUACAGCGGGCAUUUGAUCCUGGCGCACAUCAUUGCAAAGUUUGCCAUUCACAAGAAGAUUGUUUUGCAGGUGUUUCACAGCCUCCUGAAGGCCCACGCCAUGGAAGCCCGUGCCAUCGUUCGGCAAGCGAUGGCGAUCCUGACGCCAGCGGUGCCCGCCCGCAUGGAGGAUGGCCACCAGAUGCUCACUCACUGGACCAGGAAGAUAAUCGUGGAAGAGGGUCACACUGUUCCUCAGCUGGUCCACAUUUUGCAUUUGAUUGUCCAGCAUUUCAAGGUUUAUUUUCCGGUGAGGCACCAUUUAGUCCAGCACAUGGUGAGUGCCAUGCAGAGGCUGGGCUUCACCCCCAGCGUGACCAUUGAGCAAAGGAAACUGGCUGUCGACCUGGCGGAAGUGGUGAUCAAGUGGGAACUGCAACGCAUCAAAGACCAGCAGCCGGAUUCGGACAUGGAUCAGAGCGCGGGCGGGGAAGGAGCAAGUUCGUCCUCCUCUGUCGUCAAGAGGGGCCUGUCUGUUGAUUCCGGCCAAGAGGUGAAGCGGUUCAGAACUACUACAGGAGCAAUGAGUGCGGUGUUCGGACGCAGCCAGUCAUUGCCGGGGGCCGACGCGCUCCUUUCGAAGCCCAUUGACAAACAACACACAGAUACGGUUGUCAACUUCCUCAUUAGAAUUGCUUGCCAGGUAAAUGACAACUCCAACACGGCCGGCUCUCCUGGAGAACUGCUCUCCCGCCGCUGCGUUAACCUUCUGAAGACAGCUUUACGGCCGGAUAUGUGGCCGAAGUCGGAACUCAAACUGCAGUGGUUUGAUAAGCUUCUGAUGACCGUGGAACAGCCUAACCAGGCCAACUUUGCUAACAUCUGCACCGGCUUGGAGGUCCUCAGCUUCCUUCUGACGGUGCUGCAGUCUUCGGCGAUCCUGAGCAGCUUCAAACCUCUGCAGCGGGGCAUCGCGUCCUGCAUGACUUGCGGAAACACCAAAGUCCUGAGAGCCGUUCACAGUCUCCUGUCCCGCUUGAUGAGCACCUUCCCUACAGAACCAAGCACUUCGAGCGUGGCCUCCAAGUAUGAAGAACUGGAGUGUCUCUAUGCUGCUGUCGGGAAGGUUAUCUACGAAGGACUGACUAAUUAUGAAAAAGCAACCAAUGCAAACCCUUCUCAGCUUUUUGGUACUUUAAUGAUCCUGAAGUCUGCGUGCAGCAACAAUCCCAGUUAUAUAGACAGACUGAUUUCGGUCUUCAUGCGGUCCCUGCAGAAGAUGGUGCGGGAGCACUUGAACCAGCAGGCACAAGCGGGGACAGCAGAAGCAAACACAGCCGGCACAAGCGAACUGGUCAUGCUGAGCUUGGACCUUGUGAAAACCCGCCUCGCCGUGAUGAGCAUGGAGAUGAGGAAGAACUUCAUCCAAGCCAUCCUGACGUCUCUCAUCGAAAAAUCGAACGAUGCCAAAAUCCUCCGGGCGGUGGUGAGGAUCGUGGAAGAGUGGGUGAAAAACAACUCCCCGACAGCUGCCAGCCAGACACCUACCCUCCGAGAGAAGUCCAUUUUGUUAGUAAAAAUGAUGACCUACAUUGAAAAACGUUUUCCAGAGGACCUUGAAUUAAAUGCCCAGUUCUUAGACCUUGUUAACUAUGUCUAUAGGGACGAAAGCCUCUCUGGAAGCGAGCUGACGGCCAAGCUGGAGCCGGCCUUCCUCUCGGGACUCCGCUGCGCUCAGCCGCUCAUCCGGGCCAAGUUCUUCGAGGUCUUCGACAACUCGAUGAAGCGCCGGGUCUACGAGCGCCUGCUCUACAUCACCUGCUCUCAGAACUGGGAGGCCAUGGGCAGCCACUUCUGGAUCAAGCAGUGCAUCGAGCUCUUACUGGCCGUGUGCGAAAGGAACACUGCGAUUGGGACGAGCUGCCAAGGGGCCAUGCUCCCGUCCAUCACCAACGUUAUCAACCUGGCCGACAGCCACGACCGGGCAGCCUUCGCCAUGGUGACCCACGUCAAGCAGGAGCCUCGCGAAAGAGAAAACAGCGAAUCCAAAGAAGAGGAUGUGGAGAUAGACAUCGAGCUAGCCCCUGGCGAUCAAACCAGCACACCCAAAACCAAAGAACUGUCUGAAAAGGACAUCGGCAACCAGCUGCACAUGUUGACCAACAGGCACGACAAGUUCCUCGACUCUCUCAGGGAAGUAAAGACCGGAGCGCUGCUCAGCGCCUUUGUGCAACUGUGCCACAUUUCCACGCCUUUAGCCGAAAAGACCUGGAUCCAACUUUUCUCCCGGUUGUGGAAAAUCCUCUCUGACCGGCAGCAGCAUGCCCUAGCGGGCGAGAUCAGCCCUUUCCUGUGCAGCGGCAGCCACCAGGUGCAGCGUGACUGCCAGCCGAGCGCCCUGAACUGCUUUGUGGAGGCCACGUCGCAGUGCGUCCCCCCCAUCCCCAUCCGGCCCUGCGUGCUGAAGUACUUGGGCAAGACCCACAACCUCUGGUUCCGCUCGACGCUCAUGCUGGAGCACCAGGCCUUCGAGAAGGGACUCAGCCUGCAGAUCAAGUCCAAGCAGACCUCCGAAUUUUACGAGCAGGAAAGCAUCACGCCUCCCCAACAGGAAAUACUCGAUUCUGCUGAGCUGUACUCCUUGCUGCAAGAGGAAGACAUGUGGGCCGGGCUAUGGCAGAAGCGUUGCAAAUUUCCCGAGACCACCGCGAUCGCCUACGAACAGCACGGCUUCUUUGAGCAGGCCCAAGAAACCUACGAAAAGGCGAUGGAUAAAGCCAAGAAAGAGCAUGAGAGGAGUAACGCCUCCCCUGCUGUUUUCCCCGAGUAUCAGCUCUGGGAAGACCACUGGAUUCGGUGCUCCAAAGAGUUGAACCAGUGGGAAGCCUUGACUGAGUACGGGCAGUCCAAGGGUCACAUCAAUCCCUACCUGGUUCUGGAAUGUGCAUGGCGGGUCUCCAACUGGACUGCCGUGAAGGAGGCCCUGGUGCAGGUGGAGCUGAGCUGCCCCAAGGAGAUUACCUGGAAGGUCAACAUGUACCGGGGCUAUUUGGCCAUCUGCCACCCAGAAGAGCAGCAGCUGAACUACAUUGAGCGGCUGGUGGAGAUGGCCAGCGGCCUGGCCAUUCGCGAGUGGCGAAGGCUCCCUUACGUGGUGUCUCACGUCCACACGCCACUUCUUCAGGCAGCGCAACAGAUCAUCGAACUGCAAGAGGCGGCCCAGAUAAAUGCUGGGUUGCAGCCGGCGAACCUCGGUCGCAACAACAGCCUGCAUGACAUGAAGACGGUGGUGAAGACCUGGCGGAACAGGCUGCCCAUCGUGUCGGACGACUUGUCCCAUUGGAGCAGCAUUUUCAUGUGGCGGCAGCAUCACUACCAAGCCAUUGUCGGCGCGUACGAGAACAGCUCCCAGCACGAUCCCAGUUCCAACAACGCUAUGCUGGGCGUUCACGCCUCGGCGUCGGCAAUCAUUCAAUACGGGAAGAUCGCACGGAAGCAAGGGCUGGUCAACGUGGCCCUGGACAUCCUGAGCCGCAUCCACACCAUCCCGACGGUGCCCAUCGUGGACUGCUUCCAGAAGAUCCGGCAGCAAGUCAAGUGCUACCUGCAGCUGGCUGGCGUGAUGGGGAAGAACGAGUGCAUGCAGGGCCUGGAGGUGAUUGAGUCAACAAACCUGAAGUACUUUACCAAGGAGAUGACGGCAGAAUUCUACGCCCUCAAGGGAAUGUUUUUGGCUCAGAUUAACAAGUCCGAAGAAGCCAACAAAGCUUUCUCCGCCGCUGUGCAGAUGCAUGACGUCCUGGUGAAAGCCUGGGCGAUGUGGGGGGAUUACCUGGAGAACAUCUUUGUGAAGGAGCGCCAGCUGCACCUCGGCGUCUCGGCCAUCACCUGCUAUUUACACGCUUGCCGCCAUCAGAACGAGAGCAAGUCGCGGAAGUAUUUAGCCAAGGUUCUUUGGCUCCUGAGCUUCGAUGACGACAAGAACACCUUGGCGGAAGCUAUCGACAAGUACUGCGUGGGGGUCCCGCCCAUCCAGUGGCUGGCUUGGAUCCCCCAGCUGUUAACCUGCCUGGUUGGGUCUGAGGGCAAACUCCUCCUGAACCUCAUCAGUCAGGUUGGCCGAGUCUACCCCCAAGCCGUCUACUUCCCGAUCAGGACCCUCUACUUAACCCUGAAGAUAGAGCAACGUGAACGCUACAAAAGCGAUUCCGGGCAGCAGCAGCCAAGUUCAGUAGGAAGCCAGUCGCAUUCCGCCUCUGACCCUGGGCCGAUCAGAGCCACCGCUCCGAUGUGGCGUUGCAGCCGGAUCAUGCACAUGCAGCGGGAACUGCACCCAACGCUCCUUUCCUCUCUGGAGGGGAUUGUCGACCAGAUGGUGUGGUUCCGAGAAAACUGGCACGAGGAGGUCCUUCGGCAGCUGCAGCAAGGCUUGGCCAAAUGCUACUCGGUGGCCUUUGAGAAAUGCGGCGCAGUUUCCGAUGCCAAGAUCACCCCACACACGCUGAAUUUUGUCAAGAAACUCGUCAGCACCUUUGGGGUCGGCCUGGAGAAUGUCUCUAACGUCUCCACCAUGUUCUCCAGCGCCGCUUCAGAGUCACUAGCCAGGAGGGCCCAGGCCACGGCUCAAGAUCCCGUCUUCCAGAAACUCAAAGGCCAGUUCACAACAGACUUCGACUUCAGCGUGCCGGGCUCCAUGAAACUCCACAAUCUCAUUUCGAAGCUGAAGAAGUGGAUCAAAAUCCUCGAGGCGAAAACCAAGCAGCUGCCCAAGUUCUUCCUCAUUGAGGAGAAGUGUCGCUUUCUCAGCAACUUCUCGGCCCAGACGGCCGAAGUGGAGAUACCCGGCGAGUUCCUCAUGCCGAAGCCCACCCACUAUUACAUCAAGAUCGCACGAUUUAUGCCCAGAGUGGAGAUAGUGCAAAAACACAACACCGCAGCCCGGAGACUCUACAUCCGAGGCCACAAUGGAAAGAUCUACCCGUACCUGGUCAUGAACGACGCUUGCCUGACGGAGUCGCGCCGGGAAGAGCGGGUGCUCCAGCUCCUUCGCCUCCUGAACCCCUGUUUGGAAAAGCGGAAGGAGACCACCAAGAGGCACCUUUUUUUCACAGUCCCCCGGGUCGUGGCCGUCUCUCCCCAGAUGCGCUUGGUCGAAGACAAUCCCUCCUCGCUCUCCCUGGUGGAGAUCUACAAGCAGCGCUGCGCCAAGAAGGGGAUCGAACACGACAGCCCCAUUUCCCGUUACUACGACCGACUGGCCACCGUCCAGGCCCGAGGGACCCAGGCCAGCCAUCAGGUCCUCCGAGAUAUUCUGAAGGAGGUCCAAGGCAACAUGGUGCCGCGCAGCAUGCUGAAGGAGUGGGCCCUGCACACCUUCCCCAACGCCACCGAUUACUGGACCUUCCGGAAGAUGUUCACUAUCCAGCUGGCCUUGAUCGGCUUUGCUGAAUUUGUCUUCCACUUGAACAGGCUCAACCCUGAGAUGUUGCAGAUUGCUCAGGACACCGGCAAGCUGAACGUGGCCUAUUUCCGCUUCGACAUCAACGAUGCGACCGGGGAUCUUGACGCCAACCGCCCCGUGCCGUUCCGCCUGACCCCCAACAUUUCCGAAUUCCUCACCACCAUUGGCGUCUCUGGCCCUCUGACGGCUUCCAUGAUUGCAGUGGCUCGCUGCUUUGCGCAGCCGAACUUUAAGGUCGACGGCAUCCUGAAGACGGUCCUGCGAGACGAAAUAAUCGCUUGGCACAAGAAGACACAGGAAGAUACCUCGUCCCCGCUCUCGGCCGCCGGCCAGCCCGAAAACAUGGACAGCCAGCAGCUGGUCUCUCUGGUCCAGAAAGCUGUGACGGCCAUCAUGACCCGACUACACAACCUGGCGCAGUUUGAAGGAGGGGAGAGCAAGGUGAACACGUUGGUAGCCGCGGCCAACAGCUUGGACAACCUCUGCCGCAUGGAUCCCGCCUGGCACCCUUGGCUCUGAACCGGGGCUGGGGGGGCACACGCUUUUCGAUUGGCUUGCGAAGUUCUUGUAGCGUAAUGACGACGAGGGGUGGGGAGAGAUAAAAAUGUGAAAAGUAUCCGUGGCUCACUCCAUCCCUCCUACGACCACUCCUAACCUCCCCUCCCCGGGGGCCCCUCCGUCUUUGGCGUGAUCACGUUUACAGAAGUACUGCUGUUUUUUAAAAUGCCCUUUUCGAAGCAAUUUCUCAUGCUCGUGACGCUGCUUUUUUUUUUUUUACGAACAGCUGGAAAUUGGGGGAGGGGGAAGACUUACAUAGCGCACAGAAGAAAUCUUGCUUUAAGUCAAACGUGGAGAUAUUGACGUUGCUUUGCCAGCUGAGGAUCCGACCCGCGUUGAGCUUCUAAGGCCUUUUUAUACACGUUGAAGAAAGCGAGCGUUGCUACAUGGUGGGAACGUGCUGUAUGGACUUUUUUUUGUGGGGGGGGGGCUACUCAGAACAAAGUUCUCCUUCCUCUUUUGCCUUCACCUUGGUACCAAGACGGCUUGAAAUAGUGUUUUAAUCCAAUUGGAAACAUACAUGAGCUACAGUGAAUUUGUACAGUUUUUUUAAACAAUGUAUAGGAGACUGCUGUGUUUUUGCUUGUAGUUCGAGCAAUGUUCACAUUGUGUUAGGAGUGGGUAUUUCUUUCUUUUUCUUCCCCCUGGGGGUGGAGGGGCCUGCUGUACAGCGGAAAAAAUGGACCUGUCAUUGAUGUCUAGUUUAGUAGUUUGCCUCUGCGUAAAAAGGGAAUUUAUAUAGUUAUCAUCAAAAGAUGUAUUUGGAUGGAACCAGUGUAACAGUUUAAAAAAACCCAAAAAAGUAUAAGAUAAAGCGGAUAUUUUUUUGAACUUUGAGGCAUUUAAAUGUCUAUCGAUAAAGUAGCUUCCUGAGGGGAGAGGGGGAAACGUUUUUAGCUUUUUACCUUUGUAAUUUUUAAAAAAAGAGAGAGAAAGAUAUUAAAAGACUUUUUGUUUUGAGUCCAUGUUAGUGUGUAUAUAUAAAUACACACGCACACCUUAAAGUGUUGAGAACGUUCAAGUUAAAAUUUUGUACAGGAUGACCUUUUUUUUUUCCAAAAUAAAUAUUUUCUAAAAUGCUUUCAAAGCACCCAUUUUCCUGCAGCUAAGAGUAUCGUUUUGGGAAAUUGAAAUAAAUGGCAGCCCAAAAAAAGAAAUGAAAAAAGCUUCCAAAACAGACAGAAGGAAUUGUAGCACAGAUAUUUGUCUUCAGCCUCCUUCAUUACAUUUUGUUUAAUUUUACUUCAUUAAUAACCCAGCCUUUCUCCCCCCCCCAGUUGUAACCCCCCCCCCCACCCUGAACCUCAUCUACGGGAAGGGCGGGGUAAAAAUAAAAUAAAAUAAAAAUAAUUAAAUAACUCAAA